CGUAACGUUACCAAUACUCCACUUUUUACCGUCUCGUCCGAAUCGCUCCAACCUUGGCUUCUAACCCUCAUGCACAAGGCCUCAAAACAGGAUUAUCAGGAUCCUCCCUUUUUCCGGCGAAAAGACACCAUGGAUUCCCAGCAAAGCUCAAAUCCUACGACCAACGGUAGUACCGAGACCCACUCCAUUCCAUCUUCGUCUCUCCAGGGUAGAAAUGCUCUUCAUGGUCAUCCGCACGAAAACACACCACUUCUACAACAGUCUCGGCAUUCUCUGGAAGGAGACGAAAGAGCUUUUCUCUCAGAAAUGUUUUGGCAUGAAUCAAUGAUGGUAUCGAAACUGGCUUUGCCCGUUUUCGGGUAUGUAUCGGUUCUUCAGUUAAAACUGGCGUGAGAAAAUCCGUAAAAUUUUAGGCUCAACGUAAUGGAAUACUCCCUCGUCGUGGCGUCCGUACUCUCUCUCGGUCAUAUAUCGACAGAAGCGCUCGCCGCCGUUACUUUGGGAGAAAUGACUGUCAAUGUUACCGGGUUUAGUAUCAUAUUGGGACUUGCAAGUGCUCUAGACACUCUACUUCCCUCUGCUUGGACAUCCGAUCAUCCGCAGCUGGUGGGGUUAUGGGCCCAACGUAUGAUGGUCGUAACACAACUCGCCCUGAUACCGAUAUUGACACUAUGGCUGAAUAGUGAAUCCAUUUUGCUAUUCCUUAGACAAGAUCCAGAAGUUGCCCGAUUAGCAUCCAUCUACAUUCGCUGGAUGUGUAUGGGGUUACCUGCUUUUGCUUUUAACGGUGUAGCUCGACGCUAUUUCAUGUGCCAAGACCUGUUCACAGUGCCAGGCUAUAUAAUAGUAGCCAUCGCGCCAAUAAACGCACUUCUAAACUAUCUCUUCGUUUGGGGACCUGAAAAAGUUCGACUUGGCUUCAUCGGCGCUCCGAUUGCAACCUCGACUUCUUACUAUCUCGUCUCUAUAUCCUACAUCAUAUACGGUUCAUUUUAUGCACCUCGAAAAGCAUGGCACCGAAUUACCAGAUACAUGUUCAACGACCUCUGGCUUAUCGUGAAAUUAGGCCUUGCGGGGGUUGGACAAACGGCUUCUGAAUGGUGGGCAUGGGAUAUCCUCGCUCUCAUAGCAUCACAACUUCGAUCCGAUGUUGUACUCGCCGCCCAAUCUGUCCUUGUUGUAACUUCAUCUUGCACGUGGCAAGCUCCAUUUGCAAUAAGUAUUGCAGCUUCAAUCCGCAUAGGCAAUCUCCUUGGCGAACAAAAGGCAAAACGCGCUGGCGUUGCUGCCAAAGCCUCCCUCUUCCUCGGUCUUGUCGUUGCCGGAGUCUUUGCCAUCGUAUUACUGAUAUUCAGAUCCCGAUGGUCUUAUAUAUUCAAUGAGGACCCAAAUGUCGCCUCAAUGGUGAUGAGUAUACUCCCGUUGAUGGCAAUGUUCCAGGUUUUUGACGCAACGGGGGCUGUAACAUCGGGUAUUUUGAGGGCUAGGGGAAAGCAGGUCACCGGAGCGUUCCUCAACAUAAGUGCCUACUACAUUUUUGGUAUCCCGCUAGGAGCUCUUCUUGCAUUCAAAUGGAGCUUGGGUCUACAAGGCCUUUGGAUUGGUAUAACCUUGGCGCUGGUAAUCUGCUCCUUCAUUGGGGUAUUGUUAUCUGUGGUGACCCCGGAUUGGAACAAGGAAGUGAUUAAGGUGAUGACAAGACUUCAGGAGGGAAAGACUUCCGCAGAACGCGACGAAUCCGGCACGGUAUAGAGACUGAUUAUCCAGAAUAGAAUAAUGUACAGGGAUUUGAUUAAUUCCGUGAACACGCGAACUCUGCGUUUCACGCUCGGCAGGGUCGGAAUGUUCAGCGAUAUUAAAACUCCGCUGAUAGUCGCUAUACAGGCGAAUCAACGUGUUCAAGUACCUUGCAUCCUCAAAUACACUGUACUUAGUCUCCUACCAACUCGAAUACUAUAUAUUGUGUACCAUUCCAUUAUGAGAGUUUUUCAACCCCUCGGAAACAGGCUCCUGGAGGCUGGACAUAGAUGUUUGAGGCUCGAGACUCCUAGGGAAAGGUGCGAGACGUCCUAUCGAUAACGUCGGAUUUACUUCGGAACAGAGUCGGAGUUUCAAUCUCAAUCAUCGGCCGUAUGUAUGCCACGUACAACCGCCCAUUACCCGAGGGCGCUUGCUUAGCCGACAGGCGCACCAGGGAACGCAUGUUCACGGAAUUAAUCAAAUCCCU